AUGGCGUCACCUAUAGAAAAAUUCUAUAGUUAUGAGGAGUGCAAUUUACAUGAUAUUGAAAUACACCUUCAUGAACCUCUAAUUCAAAAACCUAGAUCUAGAAAGAAAAGAAUAGGUUUGCAAAUUUUGAAUACACUGACAAGGUUGGAGGUUUUGUUGGAUAAAGAGGAAUCGCUUGCAAGUUCAGAUACUAAAAUAGAGAACUUGAACCAGCAACAAUUCAAUAAAAAAGAAAUUGAAAAUGCACUUUCUGUUCUAGAGACAAUAAUAUUUCAACUUGAAGAUGAAGCUGCAUCAAAGAAAGAUAUUCAAACCUACUUGUUAGAACUAGGACUUAGUGAUUUAUUUCCAAAGUCUGCAAAGAGAUUAACCCCCAAUACUACAUUAUUUAAUGAUUCAUCAAACAAAAUGAGUGCUAUGGCACAUUUUCAUGGAAUGAAUUUACAAAAUCAAUUAGUUUCAGUAUCUUUACAACUCCAACAAGAUAUAAAACUUACAAAUCAUAAAUAUAUGGCACAUCAAUUAGCAUUACUUUAUCAAUGUCUCAAUCAAGCUAGUGGACCAUUUCUUAAAUAUAGAUCUCGCGUAGAAUUACAUUUUGAUGCUAUAAAAGCAUUAUCAAAUAGUUCAGAAGAACCUCAACUUGAUGAAGAACAAAAAAAAUGGUUAUCAGAAUUAACUGUCGAUAUUGUAACAGGAGUUUUAUUCAGUGGUAGACCAGUUACUACAAUGUCACAACCUUUGGCUGUUUAUUUGAACAAAAUUGGUGAUGUGGCAAUCGCUAAUAAAACGAUCUUGGAUUAG